UAACAAAAAAGGUGCAAAUAAUAUAAAUUGCAAUUAAUUAAGACACAAAAUGUCUACAGAAGAUUUCUACUUACGUUAUUAUGUCGGGCAUAAAGGUAAAUUUGGCCACGAAUUUCUCGAGUUUGAGUUUCGCCCCGAUGGCAAACUGCGCUAUGCCAACAACUCGAACUACAAAAAUGACACCAUGAUUCGCAAAGAGGCAUUUGUUCAUCAAUCGGUGAUGGAAGAGCUCAAACGUAUUAUUUUAGAUUCAGAAAUAAUGGCUGAAGAUGAUUCACCUUGGCCACCACCAGAUCGUGUAGGAAGACAGGAACUUGAAAUUGUCAUUGGCGAUGAGCACAUAUCGUUUACCACCUCUAAGACCGGUUCACUGGUCGAUGUAAACCGUUCCAAAGAUCCCGAGGGCUUGCGUUGCUUUUACUAUUUGGUACAGGAUCUUAAAUGUUUAGUUUUCUCACUCAUCGGCUUGCAUUUUAAGAUUAAGCCUAUAUAAACAACAGCGACCGGACAAAGGACACUACGAGGUCUACUCAUUUUCUUUUAGUUUAAA